CAAAUGGAGCUCUUCCAGACGACCUGCAGCAAGGCCUUUUGCUGGUGGUGGAUUAUGCAACUUGUUCCAAGCCUAACUGGUGGGGAAGCGUAGUGAAAACCACCAUGGUUUGCGCUGGUGGGGACGGAGUCACCUCCAGUUGUAACGGGGACUCUGGUGGCCCACUGAACUGCCAAGGUGCUGAUGGCAGGUGGGAGGUGCAUGGUAUCGUCAGCUUUGGCUCUGCUCUUGGCUGCAACUACUACCACAAGCCUUCUGUCUUCACUCGGGUCUCUGCUUACAACAGCUGGAUCCAGCAGGAAGAAAGGCACAGCUGGCUAUUCCCAGCAGCAGACAAGAGGAAGACAUCAUUUCAUGCUCAGCUAUUGGGGAAUUUAAACUCCCUCUGUAAGGCAAGUGAAGCAGAACUGUAUUGUGAGAAUUGCCAAUGCAAGAAGAAGAAAAUCUCCAUUUGUAGACCUUACAUCGUUGACAUGAGAGAAAAAUUAAAUAGCACAGGGGAUACUGAAGCCAGCCAGGCGCUAUCCAGAGUGAUCUCUGAACUGCUGGAGCAUUUUAAUAGUUCCCACAAAGACCUCAAAGCUAUGAGAUACAAUCCUGACUGGGCAGACAUAGUAGCUUUUAAACUCACCCUUCAAAUAAGAGAAGCCAUGCUUAAAGCUCAUUUAAUGCCAGCAUCUACAAGCUUUCAAACAACAUUGCAUCAUUUUUUUGCCAUUCUGAACUAUGCUAUCUUCUCAUCAGAGAGUGUACGUAAGUGCUGGAUGGAUAACGUCAAUCUAUCGCUUCAUUUCACCCACUAUGAAGGAAUCUCUUUUUUCAUCCCAUUCCUGGGCUCAGAUGAAUUUGUGUCCAUUGAAGCCUUGGUAAAGGGACUCCAUUAUGUACAGAGCUGUCUACUGCAGAAGGGACAGGAAAAGCUCAGCAAGAAAUCUAAAGAAAUCCUGUCCACAAUGAGCCUUAAGAUCGGUCUGUUAGUGACAGCCUGCCUCAUUUACCCCAUAACCCUGAUGUCCUUCAAGCAAAUGACAGAUUGGAUACACAAUUAUGCCAGGAACCUCAAGGAAAAGACAGAGGACUUGAAAAGGGAGAGGAGGCUAGCUGAGGACCUCUUACACCAGAUGUUGCCAAAAUCUGUUGCCAAGCAGCUAAGGAAAUGCCAAAAAGUUGAGGCAGAAAGCUAUGAUCAGGUGACCAUCUUUUUCUCGGACAUCGUGGGGUUCACAAGCAUUGCUGCCUCCUGUACUCCCUUGCAAGUUGUUGAGAUGCUCAACAAUCUGUACAUCUGCUUUGACAGCAGGAUUGAGUCUUACGAUGUUUACAAGGUGGAAACCAUUGGUGAUGCCUACAUGGUAGUGAGCGGCCUGCCAGAGAGGAAUGGCACCAAACAUGCUGAUGAGAUUGCCAAAAUGUCUCUGGAUCUGGUGGCAGCAGUUCAUCAGGUUGUGAUCCCUCAUAUGCCAAUGGGCAAACUGCAGCUGCGGGCUGGGAUACACACAGGACCCUGUGUAGCUGGAGUUGUGGGGUACAAAAUGCCUCGGUAUUGCCUUUUUGGGGACACCGUAAACACAGCCUCCCGCAUGGAGUCCACCAGCUUGCCGCAGAAGAUCCAUAUCAGUUCUGCUACCUAUGAUGUCCUUCUCACAGAUGAUGCAUAUGAAAUUGAACCGAGAGGAGAAAUUGAAGUGAAGGGCAAAGGGAAAAUGAAAACCUACUGGCUUCUUGGUAACAAGAACUACAGUGUCCAAAAUGACAGCCUGGUGUGUCACUGGAAUCCAGCAAUCUCCAAGAAAAAGAAGAUGGAAAGUGGCCAGGGAUCUGUCCAACAGUGUAGUGCAGGCACUGUGGGAGCAGCACUGGCUGAGCCUAACACUGCGAUGCCCUGGGAUGAGCUGAGCCCUGACAGUCACACUCAAGGGAGUUCCAGACCAGCCUGGACCCCCGAGAGUGCCACCCAUGGUGCGAGCCAGAAGCAGAGGAAUGGCUUUCAUCAAAGCUCCCAGCAGAGCCUCCGGGAGAACCUCACUUCAUUGGGCUCGCCUGCUUUGGGGGAUGGUGACAAAGGUGCCAGUUUAGAACACAGGGCACAGCUUGGAGACCAUGUUAUUAAAGCAAUGCGGAAAAAUGACUUUCUCCCGGGUUUUGUAGAUGAGAUGUGA